AUGCCCUCCCGCCCCACCUCCUCCCGCCGCGCCAACGACUCCGCCUCUCCUCACAUCGACAAACUCGACUACCACCCGGGCGGCAAACCCCUCCUCGCCCCCUCCCCCCACCACCAACAUGACACCUCCACCUCCACCUCCACCUCCCCCCACGGCCGUCAAAGCCUGGACGAACAACACAGCUACGCCGGCUCCUUCUUCGAGGACGUCGCCGAAGGCAUCGCCGUCCAGCAACGCCAACGCAUCAGCAAGAACUUGCUGCGCUAUUUGAGCUUCGCAUGGGCCUUGAUCAACGCCCUCGGAGCCGGGAGUAUCACAGCCUAUAGCCUCUAUGCCCCCUUAUUCCAGAAGAACCUCCGGUAUACCCAACUCCAAGUCAACGGCGUCUCCAUCACAGCAGAGCUAGCCAUGUACCUCCCCGUCCCCCUCUUUGGCCUCCUCUGCGACCGCACCGGCCCGGGCCCCCCCUCCUUACUCGCCGGCUGCCUCUUCGGAAUCGGCUACAUCCUCGCCGCUUUCACCUACGCCAGCGGUCCACCGUCCUCGAGCGCGGGAGGAGGAGGAGGAGGAGGAGAUGGCUGGCCGUAUUGGGUCAUGAUUAUGGCGUUCAUCCCCAUCGGUUGCGGGACAAGUUGUAUGUACCUCUCGGCCGUCACGACGUGCGCGAAGAAUUUCGGACGGGGGAAGUAUAAGGGGUUGGCGUUGGCGUUGCCGAUUGCGUGUUUUGGGUUGAGUGGCAUGUGGGAGAGUCAGGUGGGGAGUCGGUUGUUAUAUGAGAGGGGUCCGGAGGGGGAAAAGGGAGAUGUGGACGUUUACCGCUUCUUCCUUUUUCUUGGUUGUCUGCUUCUGGCGUCUGGGAUCGUGGGCUUCUUCGCUUUGCGGAUUGUGGGCGAGGAGGAAUUGAUCGAUGAGGCGGUGGAGGAGUUGGAGCAGAGUGGGUUGCUGGAAGAUAAUGACUUCUUCCGCCCCAACGUGGGCUACGGCACAGUGUCGAACGACGGCCUACGCCGUCUCAGCGCCCAAGAAAUCGACGAUCUGCAUAAGAAAGCCGAGGAGCACAAGACCUGGCUCGCGGAGCAAGAACGGAAGAAGACCUGGCUUCUGAAUGAAGAAACAAAACUCUUUCUCGGCGACCAUACGAUGUGGUGGCUCGCCGCUGGCUUCUUCCUCGUCACGGGCCCAGGGGAAGCAUUUAUAAACAACCUGGGCACGAUCAUCGGGACGCUGUAUCCACCUCCGACGACAGCCCCUGUAUCGGGCGAGAUCGUAGCUCCAAGGACAACAGCAGCGACCCACGUCUCCAUCGUCGCCAUCACCUCCACCUUAGCCCGCAUCCUCACAGGAACCUUGACCGACCUCCUCGCCCCCACCACAGCCCCACAUCAACACCGUCGCGGCCCAAACAGCCUCUCCAAUUCCUUCGCGUCGUUACCCCCCCUCGAAGGAUCCCUUUAUGCCCCUCCGCUCCCAAACACAGGCGGACGACCCGAAAUCUCCCGCCUAACCUUCCUCCUCACCUUCUCCCUCCUCAUGUCCUUGGGUCAAAUCCUCCUCGCCUCGGGCUUUCUGCAAGGUCGAGGGGAUUUAUUUUGGAUCGUGAGUGCGAGUAUAGGAGCGGGGUACGGAGCGGUUUUCUCGCUCGUUCCGAUUAUUAUUAGUGUAGUCUGGGGCGUGGAGAACUUCGGCACGAAUUGGGGGAUUGUGGCCACUGUGCCGGCGGCGGGGGCGACGGUUUGGGGGUUGGUUUAUUCGGGGGUUUAUCAGUGGGGGGCUGGGAGUAUGGGGGUUGGAGGUUUGAAGGGAGUAGGGGGCGAUGGAGGUGAGGGAGGUGGAGGGGAUGUGCUGUGUUAUGGGGUUUGGUGUUAUGCGCCUACGUUUUGGGGCAUGGCGGGGUGUGUGUGGGUUGCUUGUGGGUUUUGGUUGUAUGCUUGGAGGGGGCCGGGGGGUUGGAGGAGGAGAGGGGUGGUGGUCUGA